CCCGCCUCCCGCCUCCCUCCGCCUCUGCCGCCUCCCCCACCCUCCUGCCGAGCUGCUGCUGGGGCUGACACUCGGGGUUUUGGGCCGCUGGCCGGCCGGCGUAUGUGGGAGCAGUUGGGACUAGGUCUCGGAGACUCGGGGGGCGGCGCUGGCCCCUCGGACCACAAUAUUUAUUCAGUUGGAGUGACAUUGAUGAAGAGAUGUUGGAGUAGGUGUGAAUAUCAAACUUGUUGAUUUACCAGAAGACAGAGCCCAUUUGUUUGGAUUUGUUAUUUUUUUUCCUCUACUGAUUUUUCUCAGUGUUAAAGCUGGGGAAACUUGGAAAAUAAAAGGAACAUGUGAUGGUUUUGAAUCUAUCUUUUGAGGAAAAAAGUAAAGUGGCCAAGAUAAAGCAGGAAUGGCAUCCAGAGAGAGGCUUUUUGAACUUUGGAUGCUUUAUUGUAACAAGAAAGACCCAGACUACUUGAAGCUAUGGUUGGAGAGUUUUGUUUCUAGUUAUGAGCAAUUCUUAGAUGUGGACUUUGAGAAGCUUCCUACUCGAGUAGAUGAUGUGCCUCCUGGAAUAUCUCUUCUUCCUGAUAAUAUUCUACAAGUUCUAAGAAGCCAACUACUACAAUGCGUGCAAAAAAUGGCAGAUGGACUAGAAGAGCAACAACAGGCUUUGUCAAUUCUCCUUGUCAAGUUCUUCAUAAUCCUUUGCAGAAACCUGUCUAAUGUGGAAGAAAUUGGGACUUGUUCCUACAUUAAUCAUGUUAUCACCAUGACAACACUCUAUAUUCAGCAAUUAAAAAGCAAAACAAAAGAGAAAGAUGUGAUGGAUCAGACUUCUAUUGAAGAAUUUGUAAGACAUGCACUGGCUUUUUGUGAGAGUUUGUAUGACCCAUAUCGAAAUUGGAGGCACAGAAUUGCAGGAAAGAGCCUUAGUACCGUGGAAAAGAGCAGACAGAAAUACAAACCAGCCUCUCUCACAGUGGAGUUCAUUCCUUUCUUUUACCAGUGUUUCCAAGAAAGUGAACAUCUCAAGGAGAGCCUCAAAUGUUGCCUGUUACAUCUCUUUGGAGCUAUUGUAACUGGUGGACAGAGGAAUGCUCUCCAAGCAAUUUCACCAGCUACUAUGGAAGUCCUUCUGCGAGUUUUGGCAGAUUGUGAUUCCUUGGAUGAUCGAGAUCCUGAGGAAGUGAGUAAGAAGGCAGAAUUAACUCUUAAGUGCCUGACAGAAGUGGUACACAUCCUCUUGAUUAGCAGCUCAGACCAGCGUCAAGUGGACACCAGCACCAUUUUGGAGAACUACUUCAAGUUGCUGAACUCGGACCAUUCUGCAUUGCCUCCUCAUGAGAAAUCCAGACAGUGGGAGAACCGGUUCAUUUCACUACAGAUUCAAAUGUUAAAUACUAUCACAGCCAUGCUAGAUUGUACCGACAGGCCUGUUCUACAGGCUAUUUUCCUUAACAGUAAUUGCUUUGAACAUCUUAUUCGACUGCUACAGAAUUGCAAGCUAUUUUUAAAUGCUAACAGUAAGGUGGCAGACAAGAACGAGAAAGAUCUUGCCAACAAAUUACUGACAGAAAUGAAUGAGGACCAGGUAUUUCAGGAACAGUUGGAUUGUUUGGCUAUAUCUACUAUUCAGGCCCUCACAGCAGUGAUGAACAAAUCUCCAGCUGCUAAGGAAGUGUUUAAAGAACGAAUUGGUUAUGCACAUAUGUAUGAGGUAUUAAAAUCUCUUGGUCAACCUUCAUUGGAAUUGCUAAAAGAACUUAUGAAUAUGGCUGUAGAAGGGGACCACACAUCUGUUGGGAUUUUGGGUAUUAGCAAUGUCCAGCCCUUACUGCUGCUUAUCCAGUGGCUUGCAGAACUAGAAUCACAUGACCUACAGAUAUUCAUCUCUGACUGGCUGAAGCGAAUUUGUUCUCUUAAUAGACAGAGUCGAACUACUUGUGUCAAUAAUAAUAUGGGUCUCAGGAUCAUUGAUACCCUUUCUUCCCAUUCUUCACUUCAUUGUACUUGCGCUGAGAACUUGAUUGCUCUCCUUGGUUCUUUGGGGAGUCAGUCAAUGAGUUCCGAAGAACUACACAGGUUAAUAAGACUUCUGAGAACAGAUGAAUCCAAGAAGAUCCAUUCUUAUACCAUUCCUGUAUUACGUGCCAUUUUGGCAAUGGCUCGCAAACAAACUUUGGAGAGUGCACUGCAGUAUUUUAAUUUGUCUCAUAGUAUGGCAGGUAUUUCUGUACCAUCCAUUCAGAAGUGGCCAGGAUCUGCCUUUUCCUUCAGUGCAUGGCUGUGCCUAGAUCAGGAUCAGUUGAAUACUGGAAUUUCUAACAAAGGAGGGAAGAGAAAACAACUGUACAGCUUUUUUACAGCAAGUGGAAUGGGCUUUGAAGCCUUUCUGACUUCUGCUGGAGUAUUGGUGGUAGCUGUGUGCACCAAGAGAGAGUAUGCAACUGUCCUGCUUCCUGACCACACAUUCUGUGACUCCCUCUGGCACAACAUAACCAUUGUUCACAUGCCUGGAAAAAGACCUUUUGGUCAGAGUCUUGUCUAUAUCUAUGUCAAUGGACAACAGAAGGUUUCUGCCCCUCUCAGGUUUCCUGCAAUGAAUGAACCUUUUACUUUAUGUUGUAUUGGCUCAGCUGGACAAAGAACAACCACACCCCCUCCAUCCCAAAUCCCAGACCCACCUUUUUCCUCUCCAAUUACUCCUCAUCGAACAUCAUUUGGUGGAAUUCUGGCUUCAGCCUCCUGGGGAGGAACACCUGAAAAAUCAGAGUUGCUAACCAAGUUAAUUUCAGCUGGUACCCAAGAUAGUGAAUGGGGAUGUCCAACAUCUCUAGAGGGUCAACUUGGGUCAGUAAUCAUCUUCCAUGAAGCACUACAUCCUCCUCAGGUGAAAUUGUUGUAUUUGGCAGGUCCAAACUGCUUAAGUCCUUGGAAAUCCCCGGAAUUUGAAAUGCCAGAUCUGCCUAGUAAAAUUCUUAUUUACUAUACGCCAAAGGCCUGUAAAAAUUCUAUCUGCCUUGAUUUAUCAAUCAAUUGUUUUCAUGGAAGAUUGACAGGAAACAAAGUAGUGAACUGGGACAUCAAGGAUGUUAUAAAUUGCAUAGGUGGCUUGAAUGUCCUCUUUCCGCUUUUGGAACAAAUCAGCUUUUUUGAUGGACAGAUAACUGAAAGAAAUAAGGAAAAUAUGUUUUCUGAGAUGAUGACUCCUAUAGAAGGAGACUGGGUAAUACUAUCUUCUACAAAAGCUUCAGAAUCUAGACUAGAGAAGAAUUUAAUUGCAAUGUUUAUCCUGGUGGUCAAGCACUUUAUUCAGAGACACUCUAUCAAUCAAGAAAAUUUCAUUCACUCCCAUGGAGCUGCAAUACUUGGAGCUUUACUGCAGAAGGUUCCAAGUAACUUAAUGGAUGUGAAUGUAUUAGUUGCAGUACAGCUACUAAUUGAGCAAGUGUCAGUGGAGAAAAAUGUUCAACUUUUGCAGCAAAUGUAUAAAUUUUUACUUUUUGAUUUUCGUAUCUGGAAUCGUGGAGAUUUUCCCUUUCGGAUUGGUCAUAUACAGUAUCUUUCUACCAUUAUCAAAGAUAGCAGGAGGGUUUUUCGAAAGAAGUAUGGUGUGCAAUUUCUACUGGAUACACUUCGAAUUCAUUAUGGAACUGAUUGUAAAGAAAGCAGUGAAUUGUCCCCAGAGGAUGUCCAAACAAUACGGACAUCCUUGUAUGGGUUGAUCAAAUACUUUUUGAGCAAAGGUGCUACUCUGGAAGAAAUACAGAGCAUCAUGGGAUACAUAUCUGUUAUCAUUGAAGAGGAACAGCUCUUUGGAAUUUUGGAUGUCCUCUGCAGUCUGCUUCAUACCAGUCCAGCACGGGAUCAACUUUUCUUACUACUCUUUGAGCCAGGAAAUGCUGAUAUACUCUAUGUGUUGCUGUUAAAUCAGAGGUACUCUGACAGAUUAAAAGAACUGAUAUUUAAGAUCAUAGAACAGAUGCUAAAAUGCACUAAAGUCUAUGAACGGAGUAAACAGCGUAUUCGACUUAGAGAUGUUGGUUACUCAGGGCUGGGACUCCUUCUGAGUGAAGUACCAAUUAAUGUUUCUCUUAUAAAAAACCUUUUUAACCAAGUCCUAAAUACAGAUACUGUUGUGAAUUUCAAAGAUCUGUUAGCUGUAAUGUACAUGUCUCAUAAAGCAGAUACCCAUGUCAGAGUGCCUAUAUGCAGAAAGGUUUUACAAAUGCUGCAGGCCCAACCAGAUGUAGCCCAACAGGUUUCUCAACAAGUAGGCUGGCAAGACACCUUGGUUAGACUUUUUCUAAAAUUAAAUUUUGUAAAUGGAAAUGGAUUUAAGCAUAGCAGGACUGAUUUUGUGAAGGAAGAAGAUAAAAAAAAUGUCCCUGAAGAUCCAAAAAAGUAUUGUGAUGAAAAAGGAGAAGGGGAGAAAGUGAACUCUUUUGUCUUAGCUACUACAGCUUUUGAUCCAUGGUGCUUGGAAGAAAGACAGUCUCUAGAUUCUAACACAAACUUACUGCUAGAUGAUAGCUCAGUGGCAGAAAACCAAGAACUAUGGCUCAAUAAUUCUUCCCAUUUGAGUUUGGAUCUCACUGGUAUUGACUCAUUGGAAUUAAGUGAUAGUGGAAGUCAAAUACCAGACAGUUUGCCCAGCACACCAUCUCCGAUAGAGUGUUCUUCUAAAGCAUUUUCUGUACAGCUUGACAAAGAGUGCAGCCUUACAAAUGACAUGGGAUUUAUUGAUGACCAUUCAUUAUUUGAAAGUCAAGAGAGAUGUGAGGAAGAGCUCCUACAAUUAAUGACAAGCAUUCUGAGCUAUGUGAUGUGCAGGGGACUAGAAAGGUCAGAUGAUGCUGCUUGGAUUGAAAGGGGCCAAGUGCUUUCUGCUCUGACUAAACCAGGAAUUUCCAGUGAGCUGCUUAGGCCUCCAGAGGAAAUAAAACUGUGUUUGUUACAGAAGAUGUUAGAGUGGGCGGUUGCAGAAAAUAGAGAGGCAAAAACUAGUCCAACAACUGCAGAAAAUGCCUUCCGACUUUUACUCAUCAUACAGGAUUUUCUGCAGACAGAGGGGCUAGUUAACUCAAAUCUGUGGACUGAAAAGCUUUUAGAAGAUAUGAUGCCUCUCUUUGACAGCCUGUCCAUCUGGUACUCUGAUAGCCCAGAAUGGGUGAAACUUUCUCAAAUUCAAAUCCACUUGCUUCUGGGAUUCAUUGGGAUAGAUAAUUUGCAGGUUUGUGCCAUGGCAUCAGCUAAGCUGAAUACACUUCUUCAGACCAAAGUGAUUGAAAACCAAGCUGAAGCAUGUUACCUGUUAGGAAAGUUGGAACCUAUUCUAAGCCAGUCUAUCAAGGAACAGACAGAAACCUACUCAUUUCUGAUUCCCCUUUUUCGUACCCUGGUGUCUAAAAUUUAUGAGCUGCUUUUUAUGAAUUUGCACCUUCCCUCAUUACCUACCACCAAUGGCAGUCCCUCAUUUUUUGAGGAUUUUCAAGAGUACUGCAAUUCAAAUGAGUGGAAAAUUUACAUUGAGAAAUAUAUCAUGCCUUAUAUGAAGCAGUAUGAAGUUCAGACAUUUGGUGAUGGCUGUGAGUCUAUGGCUCUUUAUUGGAAGGACUGUUAUGAAGCCUUAAUGGUCAACAUGCAUAAACGAGACAGAGAAGGAGGAGAAAGCAAACUCAAAUUUCAGGAUUUUUUUGUGGAACCAUUUAAGAGAAAAGCACGUCAAGAGAACCUGCGGUAUAACAGCAUGCUUAAACAACUUCACAGCCAGCACUUAGCCACUUUGAGACAGUGGAAGUCAAUCCAGCUUUAUCUGACAUGUGAAAGAGGUCCUUGGGCAGAGAGGACACAGACUGUUAUUCACUGGAAACUUGCUAAUGUGGAAAACUAUUCUCGAAUGAAACUUAAAUUGAUACAGAAUUAUAAUUUCAGUUCUCAUGAGGAAGCCAGUGCUUUGAGGGACAAUUUAGGUGUUCAACACUCCCAGCUCUCUAGUGAAUCAUUGCUGCUAGAGGCAGUGAAACAAGUGAAAGUCAAUGAUAGGGAAGAAGAUAAACUAGACCUUCCUGAAGAAGACACAACCACAAGAGCAGAUAUGUAUGUAGAUGAGAAAGGAGAACAGAGUCAAAAGGAAAAACUGGUAUUAUCUGAAGAUUGUGAACUUAUUACAGUAAUUGAUGUGAUUCCUGGCAGAUUUGAAGUCACUACUCAACAUAUUUACUUCCAUGAUGGGAGCAUUGAAAAAGAAGAUGGAAUAGGUUAUGAUUUCAAGUGGCCUCACCCUCAAAUUCGAGAAAUCCACCUCCGACGGUACAACCUGAGAAGGUCAGCCUUGGAGAUUUUUCUCAUUGAUCAAUCCAACUACUUUCUCAAUUUCAAAAAGGAGGUCAGAAAUAAAGUAUACAGUCGACUCAUAUCAUUUCAUUCUCCAAAUAUUCACGGAACCAGAUCACCACAGGAGUUAUUUAAAGCAUCAGGAUUGACACAGAAAUGGGUCAACAGAGAAAUUUCAAAUUUUGACUACCUCAUACAAUUAAAUACAAUGGCAGGAAGAACCUAUAAUGACCUUGCCCAGUAUCCGGUGUUUCCUUGGAUUCUGCGGGAUUAUACUUCAGAAGAUUUAGAUCUCAAUAACCCAGCUGUAUUCCGAGACCUCUCUAAGCCCAUUGGGGCAGUAAAUGAUAAGAAUGCUAAAGAUGUGCAAGGAAAAUAUGAAAACUUUGAGGAUCCACUGGGGAUUGUUGACAAGUUUCACUAUGGUACUCACUAUUCAAAUCCUGCUGGCGUUAUGCAUUAUCUCAUUCGUGUAGAACCCUUCACAACCCUCCAUAUUCAGCUUCAGAGUGGCAGGUUUGAUUGUGCAGAUCGACAGUUCCAUUCUAUCCCUGCUACCUGGCAGGCCCUCAUGGAUAAUCCAUAUGAUGUGAAAGAGCUUAUUCCUGAGUUCUUCUACUUUCCAGAGUUCUUGGAAAAUCAAAAUCAUUUUAACUUGGGGCGCCUACAAAUCUCUAAAGAAUUAGUAAAUGAUGUGGUUCUCCCCAAAUGGGCUAAGUCUGCUGAAGAUUUCAUCUAUAAACAUAGGAAAGCUCUGGAGUCAGAGUAUGUUUCUGCUCAUCUUCAUGAAUGGAUAGAUCUGAUUUUUGGCUAUAAACAAAGGGGUCCAGAAGCAGUGGAAGCACUCAACGUUUUCUACUAUUGUAGUUAUGAAGGAGCAGUGGAUCUUGAUGCCUUAACAGAUGAAAAAGAAAGAAAAGCUUUAGAAGGAAUGAUUAACAAUUUUGGGCAAACACCCUGUCAGCUAUUAAAGGAACCACACCCUCCAAGAUUAUCAGCAGAAGAAGUAGUACAAAGACAAACCAAAACAGAUACUGCAGCCUUGAACCUCUUCCAGCAUCUCCCUGAACUCAACUCAUUUUUCAUAGAGGGUAUCAGUGAUGGGAUUCCACUAGUAAAAGCUAUUGUUCCCAGAAAUCAGCCUCGUUCUUUUAUGACACAGGGUAGUCCAGAGAUACUGUUAACAGCAAGCAUGAAUUGUGUAAUUGGAACCCAUGGAUGGCUGCCUUAUGACAGAAACAUUUCUAACUAUUUUACAUUCAUCAAAGAUCAAACUGUGACAAAUCCUAAAACUCAGCGUGGCAUAAAUGGUCCUUUUGCUCCAGGACUAGCUAUUACUUCUAAGCUAUUUGUAGUAUCACAUGAUGCAAAGUUAUUAUUCAGCGCGGGACACUGGGACAAUAGCAUUCGAGUAACAUCACUCACCAGAGGCAAAAUGAUUGCACAGCACAUCAGGCAUAUGGAUAUUGUGACCUGCUUAUCCACAGAUUAUUGUGGAAUACAUUUGAUUUCUGGUUCCAGAGAUACUACGUGUAUGGUAUGGCAAGUAGUACAGCAGGGAGGUAUACCUGUGGGUUUGGGGCCCAAACCACUUCAGAUUCUUUAUGGACACACUGAUGAAGUAUCUAGUGUUGGGAUCAGCACUGAACUAGACCUGGCAGUGUCAGGAGCAAGGGAUGGCACUGUGAUUAUUCAUACAAUUCAGAAAGGCCAAUACAUGAGGACUUUGCGACCGCCGUGUGAGAGUUCUCUCCUAUUGACAAUUCCCAACUUGGCCCUGUCAUGGGAAGGACAUAUUAUUAUCCAUUCCAGCAUUGAAGAAAACACUACUCUCAAGGAUAAAAAUGCUUUACAUCUCUUUUCUGUGAAUGGAAAGUAUCUAGGAUCUGAGACCCUUACAGAACAAAUAACAGAUAUGUGUGUAGCUGGAGAGCACAUCAUAGCAGGCAGCUUGCAAGGGUUCCUGUCUAUACGAGAUCUCCACAGCUUAAAUCUGAGUGUCUCCCCAUUAGCCAUGAGGCUGCCUAUUUACUGUGUUUCUGUUACCAAAGAACAUAGUCACAUUCUUGUGGGACUGGAAGAUGGCAAACUGAUCAUCGUUGGUGUUGGCAAGCCAGCUGAGAUGCGUACAGGUCAGCUGUCUCGAAAGUUGUGGGGAUCCAGCAAACGGCUCAGCCAGAUUUCAGCUGGAGAGACAGAAUAUAACACUCAUCAUUCUAAGUGAUUACUGCUUACAGCUGCUACUACCAUUGAUCACCAAAACUUGAUUUAUUUUGUCACUUUAACCAAAUCUCUGAAUUUUAUGAUGACUCAAUGUUUUUAAUUUAGAAAAUCAUUGGUAAAUUAUAAAAUUUAUCGUAUGUGUACUAUAUUUUAUAAAGGUACAGUCUUGUCUUCAUCAUUUAAAAAAUUCUUUACCUAGUCCCAGUAAAUUAAAUGGUAUUUUACACUCUUAUUCUGCUCCCAAAUUGAGAAAAAAUACAAGGAAUUAGACUUAGUGUUCAUGUUGUGUUCUAUUGUUUAAUAGUCUGUAAACAAACCAUUGUAUAGUCCAUAUUUUACUUCUGAGAAAACUAAGAUAAAAAUGGAAGAAAUGAUUUAUUUAUUUUGAUUAUAUUUAUCAUUCUAAACAGAACAAGAUAAGGUACUUAUUCUGAAAAGCUUAUUAUAGAAUAUUGGAGAAAGAUGGCCUUUUAUACCAGCUGUUUAGGCCUCCUUUUUUUUUAAAAAUGGGAAUAUUUAAGCAACUGAUUUUUUUUUUCUGGAGCUCCUACUGAAUUAAAGAAUUCUUCAAGUCUGUUUGUUGCACUGCUGCUGGAUGUUCCAAAGUCAUUUGUAGUUAAAUACAAGGGUGUACGAUAAACCAAAAAAAAAGUAUAGAAAUUGCUACAUGACUCUCUUUCAAUAAAAACUCAUUGCAUAGCUCUCUGAGAUAUUCCUCAGAUGAUCUUUAUCUUAAAAUAAUAAAGGCCAGGGGGAAAGUAGAGGGACAAGAAGUACAUUUUUGUCCUUUUGAUUUAUUAAUAGUUAAAUAAAAUUAAAUAAACUAAAAUAUUGUCUUCAGUUUUAACAUUCAGAUCCUUUGAAAUGCAUUUGGAACAUCAUAAUUCUUUAUCUGCAUGAUUUUAUAUUGUGUAGGUUUUAUUAUUUCUGAACUUUUAUGUACUAAACAAAUUGUUUUCCUGAAGUUACUAGAAUUUAGCAAUAAUGUCCCAAGUUGAAAUUGUCUUAUUUUGAUGUGAUUUAUGUGUUAAUUGGAAAACUGUAUACCAUUUUAAAAAGCAAACAUUGAGAUACCAUCUUUUAAAAAUACAUAGAUUUCCAACUCAUGGUUAUGAAAACUAGUUGGUUUAGGUUGACGGACUUAAUUCCUGUUUAUUCUGGUUAAAUGCUGAAAGUUAAAGCCUUUAUUGUUCAAAUUAACAGAAAAGAAUUGGUUUUAUUUUUAAAGUAGGAGAUUGAUAAGCACAAUGUCUUAUAAAUUCAUCUUCACAUUUUUCAUGUAGUGGAUUGAACUCACAACUCUUUGAAACAAUAAUUUUGCAAAAUAUUCCACAAGGCAUAGUUUUUCCUACUUGAUUUAAUUAGGCAUAUAUGUGUGAUUGUUUAUUUUUAAAGUUUUAUUGAUGCCUUCUUUUUUUAUGUCAGUUUAGUUUUCUUUUAAUUAAACUUUUUCAUCCUCAGAUAACUUGACUAAUCCAGAUACCAUUUAGUAUUGACCUCUUUAGAACUUUAUUGCUUGGUGAGAAAUUUUAAAUAAAGGAUUUUAUAUAAUGGAAGAUUUUAAAUAGAUAUUAAUAGAAAGGAUUUGGUGUCAAGAAACAUUACAAGAAAAGAAUGUGUUUCCAUGGCUUAUCUCAAUUCAAAAUUUAAAAAUCAAAUGCAUUAGUUAUAGGGUAAAAUAUUUUUAAGAAGGGUAUUACAAAUAAUUUGAUGUUCCAUGAAUGUGUACAAUAUGUACAAGGAUGAUGUCCCAUAUGUGUACAAUAGACCAACUGCGUGUGCAAAAUUAUGUGACAGGCAAAGGAUUAUGUAGAGGUCUCAGAACAGAAAUCACUAGAUAAUCACUGGUUUUAUUAUUUUUAUAAGUUAAUUCCAUUCAUUUUAAUAUAAUUUUAUUAUUAGAAUUAAUAAUCAGCUAACAGAUAAAGUGUGGAUAUCUGUAUAUAUAUUUUUGUUUUUCCAUGUUUGAGAUUAUAUCAAGUGGAAUUAAUGUGAUCAUGUUUUUAAAUGAACUAAAAAAAAUUUUGUUUACCAAAGUGAAAUUAGAACUUUUUGUUUGAGAUUUUUCCUAAGACUUGUACAGAGAGCUUUAGAUGGGGUCACUUUUUAUUUAUUUAAAAAAUAUGCAAAAAUCAAGUACCAGAUAUUUUAAUUAGAAGUUUAGCACCUGUACAAAAUGCCAUUUGAGUAUAACAUUUGAAUUUAUUGGUGUCUUAAUUUAUUUUAAAAAUUAUCAUAUUUUGCUUAUUUUCUAAAUGGAGAAACAAUGAACUUUCUCAGGGUUUCUAUUGUUUAGAGAGCAUAUAUAUUUUGUGGUAGAAAUGCUACAAGGCUUGGUCUAAAUAGGAGCUAAAUAAUUAAGGCCAAUUACAUUACUAGAUAAUCAUAGCAAUAGGAUGCUAGUUUUGUGUAAUCCUGUUUCUUCAUAUUUAAAAAAAUAUACACAGAAUAUAGUGAAAUACAAAGAGAAGUUACCACCAAGUAAAAAGACCUCUUUUUACAAAUUAUUUUGGAAUUCUACAAUAAUCCAGAAAAACAGAAUAGUAAAUUUCCUACCUAUGAUACAUUAUACCUAUCUAUUAGCCAACACAAAAUACAAAGAAAAAAAUGGAUAAAAUCCAAGAGAAGCAAUAUUAAACGUUUUAGAUUUCAUGUAAAAACUUUUUUUAUAUUAUAUAAAGAGAGAAGCCUGACUUAUUACCUGUCUAACUUCUGGUGAGUCAGAUUACUUCUCUGUGCUUCCAUUUCUUCAUUUAAAUAAGGAAUCUAGAUUUUUUUCUGGCUCUAAAAUUCAAAGGCUAUUAAUUGUCAUUUAAGAAACAGAAUAAGAAGUAGAAUAUUUAUAAACUUAAAAUAUGACUUAAAAUCAUUUUUGCCAUAAAAGGAUUCCCUUAUAAUUCUGAUGGAAGCAGCCUGAAAUAAUGAAUACAAAGGAUGAUGCAAGUUCAAAUUUCACCUCUGACACUUAAUACCUGUGCAGCCAAGUAUCAUCACCUUCUCUGAACCUUUGGCAAUGGGAAACUUUUAAUGAUGCAAUGACAAUGAUCACAUUUUGUUUUUUGACUUAUUUCAGGAUAGAAACUUUCUAAAAGUUUUAUUUUAGUACUUUUAAUCCUUUACCUGAAUAUUUUGUCAAUUGCUUAUUUUAAAUGGGGGAAGGGAGGGCCAGACACACAAGGAAAGGGAGGAAUAGGAAGAGAAUUGAGUGGUAAAUCAGUAGCAAAUUAAAAAUAAAUCCUGUUUUAGGGAGAAACAGAGACUACAUGAAAUAUGAAGCACAUUUAAAACAUAAAUACAUCUUUAUGUAUAUGAAUAUCUUAUAAUAUUCUUAAGACUAUCUUAUGAAUACUCACUUAAGACAUGAAAUAAAUUAUGUCAUAAAAUUUUAUUCUUGAGAUCAUUUAAGUACAUUUCUUGUAACAAUGGUGGAUUUCUUUAGCAGGGAAUAUUAGUGAGACUUGAUGCUGGGUUUUUUUUUUUUUUCCCUAUUUAGAAAUUAUCUUUGAAAAUCCAUUGAGAAAUUAAAUGUAUGCCAGAGUUAAUUUGAUUUGAGAAUCUAGGAUUGACCGAUAUCCUUAUUUUCUAUUUUUGAACCAAUAGGAACAAAAUGGACUAUAAGUUUUCUAUUUCAUUAAUAGAGACCUUGUCUUUGUAACAAUGCGUUUUUUAUUUCCUUUUUUUUUGCCUUGUUUUUAUUGCUUUUGCCCAGCAAACUGUUGUUAAAAACUCAGAUGAACUUCAGAAGUUUAAUUUUCUAUGUAUUUUUAAGUAUGCUAACAUUACAAUAGUAAGUAAGUUCUAGUAAAAUACUGGAAGGAUUUAUCAAAAUCUAAUUCUUGGGUUUAUUGAUAGGGAGAUGAUUGAAAUAUAAUUCUAUUGUGUCAUACAGAAAUUGCAUCUUUGAUUCCUUUUACCCUAUUUUAAUUUCAUUAGCCAGUCAGUGUUUGCUUUGUGCCACUUGAAGCAGCUGAAAGUAUUCUUCCUAGAAAAGUCUCUUUUAGUCCUCUUUUAUUAUCUGUCCCUAACCUUUUUUGUAAAAUUCACCAUAGAUGUUACAUAAAGGAAGGAACUUGCCAUUAAAUUUUCUUCUUUAA